CUGGAUCACUGACUCUCUGCUCUCUCGAGUUUUCUCUCUCUCUGCCUCGCUAACUUGUUCUCUCUCUUGGAGAAAGAGGCGAAUGUAAAACGAUCGAUCGUGAAAAGAACAGUUGCUUUCCAGAAAAGUGCGCUUGCAGGUCCGCAGCUGAAUAUUGGAAGAAAAGAAAGGCGGAUAAGAACAGAUAACAGAUGAGAUGAUAAAAUAGUGAAGUGAAUUUAUAAAUCAGUUUACAAGUGCGUAAAAAUUGUUGAAUUAACUUAAAUUAUCGUUUUUUCAAGGGCGUAAAACUUCAUUUAACUGCAACCCUUUGCAUACAUAUCUUUCUGUUGAAUUAAUUUAUUAUAAAAUUAAUUAAGUAAAGCACGAGUUACAUAUGUAUGUAUUUUCAUUGUGAAAUUAUAUCGACUAACACGCAAUAACAAUGGAGACGGCGCUGUCUGGAAUGAAUCUGUCGUGCCUGCUGUGUGAGCAGACUUUCGAUGCCAUUGAGAAGCUUGACGAUCACCUGUCCGACCACUUUCCACAGCCGGUGGCCAGGAGCCAAGUCUGCGACCUCUGCGGUCGCGGCAUGCAAUCCUCCCUGGAGCUGCGCCAGCACUACAAAAGAUUCCAUGAGGCCCAUGUGCCCUGUACGGAUGGCCAUUUCCACUGCCAGCUGUGCGACAAGGUGUUCCUCCUGCAGGAUCACCUUAGUGUCCAUGUGAAGAUCGAGCACGCCACCGAUGGCUACCGCCCGGAGGAGAGGUCCUUGGAAUGGGAGAAGCGCAAUCCCAACACAUUUGAUCUUACCUCCGAUCUCAAGCUGGAUCCCAUCCUGUGUCCACCUCCCAAGAGGACGUAUCCGCCGCGCUCCCCUUUCUUCAAUCCAAAUCUUUGGCUAGGUGGGGAUCUCUCCUACAUGUAGAUGAGUACUUUACCAUCUUUGAUACUAGAAGUCUAGCCAUUCCAAAUGAUUCUCAAAUACGUAAUCUAGAGCUCUUCACCAAAUGAAUACGCGGUUCGAAGACAGUACUGUACCAAUGUGCCAGUAAAACGCAUUGCCUCAUGAUUUAAUUAAAAUUUAUUUCGCUUUA